AUGUCUUCCUCUACCACAACCUCAGCCGCCAUCAACGACGCACCCAAAUUUUACGAUAGCAUAAGUGACAGAUACGAUAAAUAUUACGGACAUGAUCCUGGACUAUUGGCCUUUAUCAAAUCGAGUCUGGAGCUUUUAUCUCCGAAUGCAUCGGUCCUCGACAUCGGCAGCGGUACCGGCAUCCCCACCUUCCUCUCUAUCGUGCAAUCAGGCCGUAAACUCCACGGUAUUGAUUUUUCCCCCGCCAUGAUCUCACUUUCUCGGACCAAUGUGCUGGGUGGCACAUUCGAACUUGUGGAUAUGUUGCAGUAUCGUCCGAGUCAACAAUUUGAUGCGGCUUUUGCGAUUUUUUCUCUGUUCCAUUUUAUAAGGGAGGAGAUGGAGAUUGUGGCAGGGAAAUGGAGGGGGUGGUUGUUUAUUGGGCAAUCAAUUACUGACUCCUACAUCUUAUCUUGUAGCACAGUAUUAGCAGAAGAUAUGGUAGGGACCACGGAGGAAAUGUAUGAUGAGAAAAGACUAGCAGCAGACAAUGUUCCACAUCGAUUCAUGAGCCAAGUCUUUGGAAAUAUGCUGUAUACGAGAAAAGGGUGGGAGAAACUAUUGGGGGAUAAUGGGUUUGAGAUUGGAACCGCAUUUUUGGAUUAUGGCGAGGAGGGCGGGGUGGGGUUGGGGGAUGGAGAUGGGGAGGCGAGGGAUGGGGUAGGGAGUAGGGAAGUCGGGAAGAUGAAGGUAUUUGGUGAAGGGAAGAGUCACGGUGAGGAGUGA